AAUAAAAAAAAAUAAACGAUUUUCCUGUCGCGCAGACGAAAAUUAAUUGGAAAAAAGCGAAAAAACGAAUUUUUACACAGAUUUAAGAUGUCAGGAACUCUCUCGCCCGGCGUUUACGGCUACGAAGACGAUCCAAUCGUGCAAAGUAGCGUCUAUACACACGACAUAAGCGAAAGAAUGCGCGUUCCAAAGAGAAUCAAAGCCACUGGCGAUUUUUACGACGAAAACGAGCUGCUGAGCAAUGGCAACGGCAUGCCAGCCUGGAAUUACCAAAAUAAAAUCGACAUGAAUGUCCCGGAUCGGAUUGUGGUGCUCGGUCAGGAUCAACAUUUGGUUCUCACAUCAGGCACAAAAUCGGCACCGCGCGAAAUUAUGUUCGAAAAUACGGUCUUGCCGAAGGACCCGGGCUUCAUUAGAGUCGCAACGCCACCCCGAAACAUAACCUUAUCGGAACACAGAUUCCCCGCAGCCGACGAUCCGGUGCAAUUUGACGUGGAAAACGACAUUGACGAGUACGAGCAACGGUCUGUGGAUUCCUUGGAGAGCGUUGGCAGACGCGGCGGCUACGGAACGCCCAUCAGAAGCAAGAAAUACAGCUCAGAAUUGAGAAUUAACCAUCGUGACGGAACACCACCUUUGAACUCGUCAAUUGAGAAUUUAACUCCGUCGGAGGAGGUUCUGCACUUGCGACGACAAGUCGCAAAGUUAAAUCGCCGGGUCCUGACCAUCGAACUCGAUAACAUCAACAGACAACAACGCGAAAAAGUCUUGUAUGCCGUUGGAAUGGCAUAUUUUUUGAUGAAAGCCUUCAUGUGGCUCAAUAGAAAAUAAUUUUUUUAGACAAAAUUCCUUAGAAAACCUCUCAGAAAUGUAUAAACAGGUGCUUGCAAAAUUUUUUAUUUGCAAAAAAAGUCAAAAAAUUUGAAAUUCAGUCGAAAUUUUGUUAAAAAUAUUUUAAAUCGGUGCUGUUAUGAUUCCACAAAGACAUUUUUGUCGCAUUUUUGAAUGUUAUUUUUUCAAAAAAAGAAGAGAAAUGUGAAAAAACAAGAAGAAAAAUAGGAAUA